AUGACAUUGCCUCCUAUGCCCGCAGAGAAGCAGCAAGGAGCUGAUGGCCUUUUAAAUCUCAGUUCAGUGUUAAAGUGGAAUGUUCUUGGCAAUGAACGACACAAUGAAAAGGGAACAAGAUUUCCAUCCUCAGUAUUGCAGAUUAAUGCAAGCUGUGGAAUCCCAGCAAAUGGCACACUGGAUCUAUUAAACAAAAAACUAACUGAGAAUGAAUUGAGGGAGAAAAUGGAUCCUAAACUCUGCAAAGCUACAAUGGACAAAAUUAAAAAGUUUAAUGCCAGUCACAACAACAUGGAGACAGAUAUUGCAACCCUGAUUUCAGUAUUCCUUGAAAUGAAGAAUGUGUAUUUAACUGAUGUGAGUUAUAACAAAAUAUCCAUAAAUGCCAAAUCUGCAAAAGAGAGCCAUAAUCUGGAGCAUAGCAAUCUUCUGUUUUUAAAUCUCAGUCACAAUCCCCUUAAAACUCUGCAAACCCUUACCCUACCAAGAAGUCUCAAAAGCAUAGAUUUAUCUUUCACACAAAUUAACCAAAUACCAAAAGAAUUUGGUGCAAUGUUUUUUCAAAUAGAAGAGAUAUUUCUUCAGGGGAAUCAUUUUAUAUACAAACCUGAAACAGUUAUAUCUAAUUUUAAUCCUGUACAUACAAUGAGAAAAGAAAAGCAUUCUUCUAGAUCAGCCAUUUCAUAUAUAGAUCUUCCUGAACACACUUCCAUUGAAAGCCUCCCUACAAAGGCAACACGUCAAAGAACAUCAAACAGUUCCACUGAAGAACUUCUAGAAGGGUUCCAAGACACAAUGAAUAAAUGUAUUUUUCUUGACCUUAGCAAUAACCUCCUGCACAAAUCCCCCUACCUAUCAAAUUCUUUGCGCUGCUUUGAUUUAAGCAACUCUAACAUACAAGGAAUAGCUAAUCCUAAUCUUUUCCCAAAUUUAACAGUGUUUAAAAUUCGAAACAAUAAAAUAGAAAACAUUUCACCAGCAUAUCUUCCAGACUCAUUAGAGGAAUGUGAUGUUAGUGAUAAUAAGAUACGUGAUUUCCCUUUCCAGGGGGCUGAGCAAAGUUUAAAAUCCCUUAAUCUUUCUAGAAAUCUUAUAAUGCAACUGAAUCUGAACACUUCCUACCUUUCCCUAACUAACCUGGAUGUAAGCCAUAAUUUAAUUACAAAUCUGCGGUAUCACAUGGGGAAAUUUCUGCCUGAACUGAAAUAUCUAAAUCUGUCAGAAAAUAAAAUCUUUUUUCUACAAUCAGGGUCUCUCCCUAAAUCCUUGGUUGAGUUGGAUAUCAGCAACAAUGUCAUUCUCAUCAUUAUGAAAGAGAUGUUCCACCAUUUGACAAACUUGAAAAUUUUAACAGUUCAAGGGAAAUAUUUUUUCUGUAACUGUGAAUUAUACUGGUUUGUAAGCACAUACCUUGCUAACCCACAAGUGCAAAUAAAUGGCCGAGAAAGACUAUUCUGUGGUUUUCCACCUAAAAAGCGAGGUCUUUUGGUGGAAAACAGUCAUCUAACAAUGUUGUAUUGUUCUCUUCGUCUUCAAAUCGGAAUCACAGCUAGUGUGGCCAUUUUGAUUAUGUCUAUCAUAACUCUACUGUGCUGGUAUUUUGAUGGUCCAUGGUAUGUGAAGAUGGGUUGGUAUUGGUGCAAGGCUAAAAGGAAACAAUAUGAGAAGAGACCAGAACACAAAAUAUAUGAUGCUUUCCUUUCAUACAGUGAAAAUGAUGCAUCCUGGACCAAAGAGAUCUUACUGGAAAAACUGGAAGCCAAUGGAUUUAAAAUAUGUUAUCAUGAAAGGGAUUUCAUGCCAGGGCAUCCAGUUCUUGGGAACAUUUUUUACUGCAUUGAGAACAGCCAUAAAGUUCUUUUUGUGCUAUCACCCAGCUUUGUCCACAGCUGCUGGUGCCAGUACGAGCUGUACUUUGCUGAACACAGGGUUCUCAGUGAAAACCAGGAUUCUCUCAUUAUGGUUGUACUGGAAGAUCUCCCACCCAACAGCAUCCCACAGAAAUUCAGUAAGCUUAGAAAACUAUUAAAAAGGAAAACCUAUUUGAAAUGGAGUCCUGAGGAACACAAACAAAAGCUUUUCUGGCACCAGUUGAGUGCUGUGUUGAAAACUAUGAAUGAGCCAGUGCUAAUAACACAAAGAAAAAGCUGCACCAGGAAACAUAGAUGA